AUGGCAUGUUGUGGUCUAUGUCGACCAAAAGUCAAAGCAACAAAUAAGAUAAAUAAAAAUAUCACAUCAAAAAAAAUAAAUAGAAUUUCUAUGUGGAUUGAAAAUAUCGAUGGCCCAUAUGAAUCAAUUAUUUUACCAUCAAAAUCACUUGAUGAACCGAAGAUAAUAACAAAUAAAGAAGAAAUAAGUGAAAAUAAUUCGAAAUCGAAUCGAAAUAUGCAAAAUAGAAAACAUAAUUUACAAUAUCUUUCAUCAGGAUUAUCAAUAAAUGAAGAAAUACAAUCAGCAUUGAGUGAUAUAUGA